AUGGGUUCUUAUAGCUAAGUUAGAGCUGAACUGAGUUCAAAGUCUCGAACCAUUUGAGUCCACGUGUACGGCCAGCCUUCGUCAUCUUCCGCACGGGCACUUCCAAGUCUCCAUUUCCAACUCCUCUCACGUGUCACCUCCCUCCAUCUUCCCACUUCUCUGCACCUCUCUUUCUUUCUUUUACGUUGGAAAGUGAAGAGAACACGACGGUACGCAACUCUUUAGUGUUCAGUCUUCACUAUUCCCUCUCUCUCUCUCUCUCUCUCUCUCACGUCAGUGUCUGAGCUCUGUGGCUACGCAGCUUUGCCUUAAAAACAGAAAACUUACUUCUAUUGGAGCAGCACAUAGGUGGGACUUGGGAGAGACCCUUCUACCAUUACUUCCUCUCUCUAGUCUCUUCUCUUUCUCCUUUCUUCUUUUGUAUAAACAACAAAGGAGACUACUCAGAGAAAGAGAGAAAGAGAGAAAGAGAGAGAGAAAGAGAUGGAAAGUGAAGGGAGCGGAUUCAACAACGGUUAUAGAGGGCAAAUUGGUAAUAGUAGCAACCUGUCGUGGGGUUUCUGGGACGUCGGCACGUCUCGAUUCGACUGGACCAACUCUUUCUCCGAUGAAACUACGCCGGCAACCACGGCAGCGCAGUUGCACCACCACCACCACCACCAGGUGGACCAUGCGCACUCGUACCAGUACCCGUCACUCUACGCUGGGGUAUCGUCCCAUAUGCACCCUGACCCUCACCUCACUUGCUUGAAGCUUGGGAAACGUGAUUACUUCGAAGACGGUGGCACUACCACGCCGUUCCACCAAAUAACAGCAUUCCCACUUGGGAAGAGGGGGAGGCCUUAUGGUCUCAUCGGUGGUGGGCCCUCUUCGUCGGCGGCAGGAGUCGUGGUGCCGAGAUGCCAGGUGGAGGGCUGCCAUGCGGUGCUCUUGAACGCCAAGGAUUAUCACCGCCGGCAUAAGGUGUGUGAGGUGCACUCCAAAGCGCCUAAGGUGGUGGUGCUUGGUUUGGAACAGCGUUUCUGUCAGCAGUGCAGCAGGUUUCAUGUAGUAGCAGAGUUCGACGAUUCAAAGAGGAGUUGCAGGAGGAGACUAGCUGGACACAACGAGCGGAGGAGAAAGAACUCUAAUGAUUCUAACACCAAGAACCCUUCUCGAGAAAGUAAAUCCACAGGCAGAAGAAUAUCUUGUUUAUCAUCAUCAUCGUCGGAGGGACGUGCUCUCUCUCUUCUGUCAUCUAGGUCUGGUUCUGCGGUUUCUUCUGCUGAUAUUUCCUUGCGAUCAAGUGCUGCACUUCGUGAGCUGAUCGCGGAGAAUCGUGCAGCCACCAUUGCCAGGCAGCUUUUCUCUGACCGAGAUCACUGGAACCACUACCACCUCCACCACACAAUGGAUGAGUUGGGUGGUGGUGCACAACCAACAAUGUUCCCUAACAUCUCCCACCAACAGCAUAUGCAGCAACCAGAACCAGCUGAGUGGGAUAGGUUCCAUGAAUCAGGUGCACACUUGACACUAGACCUUAUGCAGGCACCUAGCUCACCUUUUGGGUUCUUAUCAGGGAGGAACAAGAGUACCAAAGAAGAUGAAGAUGAUGAGUGUGUGGAGAUAUGGAAGUCCUUGGAGGGGACCCAUGUGGUCUGAAUGCUCAUUGCUUGAGCUUCUAAUCCUAUUGCUUUAGAUCUCAUCUGCUACAGGUGGGGUGCAAGUGCAAUAGGAGGCAAUCUUUUAGGCCAAUGUAUUGUUAUUUGUAUCUUAAAUAAGUUGAUGUUCCUCAGAAUUUUUCAUUUUAUGUCACAACUCAGUUAACUUUAAACCUAAUUCUUGUUUUGGGUUGAAAUAAUAAUUACGGGCACAAUACCUCAAA